AUGGCUUCUUCAUUGAAUGCUAACAAUUCUUCUCAUAUUCUCUAUGAAGUAAAGAAGCCUGCCCUCACCAAAAGUAUCAAUGAUACAUACUCAUUUAGUCACAUGAAUGCAAUCAGACCAAGGCUUGAGACUUCUAACCAGAAUCAUGAGGAGAAGCAAAGAGAGAUCGAGUCAACUAACUUGAUUCACAAAGAUGUUGUAUCUAAAUAUCUUUAUGACGAGAUCAGGGCAGAGAACAAGAAGUUAAAUAUCUUGAAGACCUUCGUGACAUGA